CUCAAAAAGCCCUACUUAGAGUAAUAAGGGUCGAGUUAUUUUGACCCCUCCGGCUCUCCGUCGCCAGAAAAGUUUAGAGCGUCGGCUUUGCCCCGCCCAUCCUCCCGCGUAGGUCAGAAAGUCCCCGCUGUCAUGGCGACGGGGUUGUGGCGGGCCCUGCGCCCCCUCCGCCCACUCCAGUCCAUCCCUGGGCCUCUCGCAGAUGUGCCCCUCCGAGCCGCGAGCCAUGGCACCGCCUUGCUCUACCCCGAAUACAUCCCCACUUCCCCGCUGCAGAAAGCGCUGUUGGCCGCGGGAUCUGCCGCAAUGGCCCUCUACAACCCAUAUCGCCACGACAUGGUUGCAGUUCUAGGGGAGACCACAGGACACCGUGCCCUGAAGGUCCUCAGGGACCAGAUGAAGAGGGAUCCAGAAGGCUCUCAGAUCCUACAGCAGCGUCCCCGGAUCUCUUUGUCCACCCUCAACCUGGGCAAGCUCCAGAACCUACCUGAGGGCUCCCUCGGCCGCGAGUAUCUCCGUUUCCUGGAUGUGAAUAGGGUCUCCCCAGACACCCGAGCGCCUACGCGAUUCGUGGAUGACGAGGAGCUAGCAUAUGUGAUCCAGCGGUACCGGGAGGUGCACGACAUGCUCCACACCCUGCUGGGGAUGCCCACCAACAUCCUGGGGGAGAUCGUGGUGAAAUGGUUUGAAGCUGUCCAGACCGGCCUGCCCAUGUGCAUCCUGGGUGCGCUCUUCGGGCCAGUCCGACUCAGUGUCCAGCACCUUGAAGUCUUGGUCACGGAGCUCAUCCCAUGGGCAAUUCAGAAUGGGCGCAGGGCCCCCUGCGUCCUCAACCUAUACUACGAGCAGCGCUGGGCGCAGUCCCUGAGGGCCCUGCGGGAGGAGUUGGGCAUCACAGACCCCCCUAUACACGUGGGUCGGGCCUAGGCCUUGUGCCGCUGGGCCAGGAGGGCCCGCCUGGCUCCCCACCCCGACCCCUACCACUUCCCCAGCGGGCAGAGGGCUCCUUUGCCACUACCUUUUGAUUGUUUUCUUUGAACCCUGACCAUUGGACAUCAUUUAUCAGAAUUCGUCCUGACCACUGCUGAGUGACUUUGAGGGCUAACCCAGGAGGGAGCAGGCAGUGGGGCUCCUAGGGGAGCCGGGAGCUGCCCAAGAGAACCACAUGUGAAUAGGAGUCAGUCAUCCCAGCUCGUGCAGGGAUGUCUCAGGUCCGCAACCCCCGUUCCAGACCCCUCCCUGCCACAAGUGAGGACUAUACCAGUUCCAAAGGCCAGAGAAAGAGGUCGAUGGGAAUAGGAAGCUCUGUCUCUAUCUGAAUAAGCUCCAUCAGGUCAUGUGCCUGCUUCUCCUGCCUUCACCCAGUGCAGGCUGACUCUUGAGCCCCAAAGGCAGAUGUCCCUUCCAGCCUGUGUUUUAGCUGCCUGCCCCAUCUCCUCUGGUCUGAAAUCGGGUAGACUGGGAUUUAAGCUCCCAGCCCUGCACGGUUUUCCAGCAGAGAGACUUGGGGCAAAUCCUUUUCCCUCAGCUCAUUUCAUAAUCAGUGAAAUAACCUGUCUCCUAUGGUUAUUGUGGGAGUUUCGUGAGUGCCACUCAGUACAAAGAAAGGUUUCAUUGGAAGAAGCCAAGGAGCUGGAGCAAUCGUGCUAUUGUGUUUACCUGUGGAGGAGGCAACCGUGAGGCAGGUUUAUUUUAGAGUGGCAACCAGGUAUUUUCCUUGGGUCGGAGCCAGGGAGUGCAGACAGCCAGGGUGAAAGGUACUGUUGACAAGUGGGUGCCCCUGUCAACCACAUGAACCAGAUGCGCUCCCAGAAUGUCAGCCUUUGAGUCUGGGAGAGGCAUCUCUUCGUGUGGAUGGGGCAGCUAAGGCCCAGAGAUGGGCAAGGAAUCUCCUGGAGUAACUAGAAUACAGACUGCAAAUGCCUCCUGUUUGCUUUUCCUAUGGAUAACAGCUACGGUGUACUUACAGCUGUACUAAGUGCCAGGCAGUGCCAAGCACUUAGAGGCAUUAUCACACUGACAUCUCCAACAACUCACGGAGAGAGGUGGUACUAUUUUAUUUUACUAACGAGGCGAUAGGAACAGAGCUAAGGCUGGAACCAGAGGUGUCCGAAUACCUGCUCAACACUGCCUUGUGCCUACCACAUUCCAGUCCAGGGCGCCCAGUGACAGGGAGGGUGUAGGAGGCUGGAGACCAACCGUGGAACCUCUUUUCAAGAGGGAAGCCUUGUCCAAACUCUGAAUUCCUGCAGAAAGAGGAAGGGAUUAGGGUGAGCUCCUCACGCCUCAUAGAUUUUUGCAGUAUAGGCCACCUUUCUGGACCUGCCAGCUGUUUCCAUCGCUUGCCAGAAUCCCAGACACGCCCAUCCCCAGGUCAGUAAAAGUCAACAGUGUCAAAGUUGAAGAAAGAUUGGACCCAGAUGGCCUCAGCCCGGCUUGGUAGCCCACCUGCUCCAGCCCCUUGGUGCCCCCAUGACCCUGGGCCUUUACGGCGUUCAAGAGACAGGUGCUAAGCAUCAUGAUUACCUGGGAGUGGAGUCCUGUCUGCAGAUCAUAAGGUGGCAUUUUUGUCACCAGCUCACAGCUGGAGAAAAAUUACUGGCGAUAGCUACUACUUAACUGAGUUCUUACCACGGCCCAUGAGGCUCUGUCAACUCCUGCCUAGAAACUUCCAUUCAUCUCAAUAAACCACACUGGCCUUC